AUGACCUACUCUGACAGAGACUCUGGUGAAAACCAAACCAUCGUUGGUGAGUUCAUCUUGGUUGGGUUCUCAUACCUUGGUGAGCUGCAGCCCCUUCUUUUCCUCUUCUUUCUGAUCACCUACCUCAUUACUCUGAUGGGAAACUUCCUUAUUAUUCUCCUUAUAAAGCUUAACCCCACACUUCACACCCCCAUGUAUUUCUUCCUGGUGAAUUUGUCCUUCUUGGAAAUCUGUUAUACAACCAGUGUGGUCCCCCAGCUGCUGAUUCACCUCCUGGUGAAACAUAAAAACAUCACCAUAGCUGGCUGUGCAGCCCAAAUGUAUGCCUUCACCAUCCUGGGUCUUACAGAAUGUUUCCUUCUGGCAGCCAUGGCUUAUGACCGCUUUGUCGCCAUAUGCCAUCCGUUUCGUUACACAACCAUCAUGAACAGUCGGGUAUGUAUAAUACUAGCAGCUACCUCAUGGAUCAUUGGCAUCUCAGUGGAAGUGAUUCAGACCACAUGGAUUUUCAGUCUGCCCUUUUGUGGUUCCAACCAUAUCCAUCACUUCUUCUGUGACAUUCCACCAGUAGUGAUGAUGGCAUGCACAGACACAUCCAAGAAUGAGAUUGUGUUCUUGGCUGCUUCAGUGCUGUUUAUCAUGAGCCCUUUCCUGUUGGUAAUGCUGUCUUAUAUCCGCAUCAUCUCCACCAUCCUUGGGCUAUCAUCGGCAGAAAGCAGGAAGAAGGCCUUCUCAACCUGUUCCUCCCACCUCAUGGUGGUAAUCUUGUUCUAUGGAACAGCUCUUUUUACCUAUACAAGACCUAAAUCCAGCUAUUCACCUGAGAGUGAUAAAAUGAUUUCCCUCAUGUACUCAGUUGUGACACCAGUUCUGAAUCCUAUAAUUUACACAUUAAGAAAUAAAGAGGUGAAAGCAGCUUUUAAGAAAACAGUAGAGCGUAGAAUCUUUUCAUGUACUCAGAGAAAUUAA